UCAAUUGUAGCGGGAAAAAAAAAAAAAGAGGGCUUCUCCUCCACCAGAAACCUCUAGCACCGCCGCAUCCGCUUGCUUCUUCCCCAAGAGAUGGCGAAGUCGAAGAACCACACCGCACACAACCAGUCCUAUAAGGCGCACAAGAAUGGUAUCAAGAAGCCCAAAAGGCAUCGCCACACUUCCACCAAAGGGAUGGACCCGAAGUUUUUGAGGAACCAGAGGUAUGCAAGGAAGCACAACAACAAGAGUGGAGAAACUGCCUCUGAGGAAGAGUAAAUUCACUAAAUGGGCUAAUUGGUUAGGGUUUUUUUCAAUUGGGUCUGUUUUGUGUUCUUAGUGGGAUGUAGGCUUAUUUACUUUCAACUUAUUGUAGUAGACUGGCUGUAAUGUUUGAGUGUUUUUUAUUGUUAUGGAUUAGUAUUUUUGAUAUUUGUUUCAAAAAGAUUUAAGCUCUGAGCUAUUAAUAGCAAUAUCAAGCAGAGAGUUUGGAGUUUAUUUGCUCCCGUUCUAGCAUAAUGUAGCA